AGAAGGGAAACAUCAAACUCAUCGAUUUCGGACUCUGCUGGGACCUGGACCCACAGACAGGAAAGUGCAACCAGGCUGAUGGGACUGCGCACUGGAUGGCGCCCGAGGCCUUUAGGAGGAGGGACAGGGAACCAGAAUUCGACACCAAAGUAUGUUGUAGAAGCAGUAGGAGGACCCAAUGGCAUUUAUGUGUCUGCACAAAUGGGUGCUGCAUUCAGUAAAGGCCAAUUCAGUUACAUGAGUGCUAAACAUGAAGCCAUUGGGAACCCCCCGGUAACAAGUAACUAAAUCAUACGCUAACCCAAUUCUAUCCUAAUGCUCUUUGGUGUCUUCUUUUCCAGUGUGACAUCUGGUCCCUUGGAAUCACUGCCAUUGAAAUGGCCGAGGGAAAAACACCAUACGCCGAUCAGGAACUAGUGUCGGACCUGAUCAUCAACAACGACUCUCCGAGGCUCAUAUCAAGGACCUGGUCUCAAACUUUUGUGUCCUUCUUGGAGUCGUGCCUUGAGAAGGAUCCUUCCCGGAGAUGGAGUGCGGAAGAGCUGCUGCAGCACCCGUUCAUUACUGAACUGCCCCCUGCGAAGACCAUCAGGGCUGAAAUCGAGGAACACCUUCGGGCGGUGCAGAACCGGCCGGCCAAACAAGGUGAGGGAAUCCAUUAUAUUUGUUAUGGCUGUACUGUCACAUCACUUAACUUACUAAAAUGAGAAGCUGCUUGAGCUGGAAUUGUAAUAGUGGUGCUAGGAAUAAUAAACAUAUUUUUAGAGGGG